CAGAGAGAGACAGAGGGAGAAAGAGCGAGAGCAGAAGUUUACAUCAACCUCUCAGGAAAGCAGACCAGAGCCACGGGGAACUGCAGUAAUCGCUCUGAGCCGUUCUAACCUGGGAUUUAAUCAUAGCAACAAUUUUAACAAAGCAGGGCCGACCAAGUCAGAGGAAGACAGAGUAACUGAAGACUAAAGACAAAGGAAGAGGUAAAUCUGUGGUUGGAGAAGGGAGGUGUUUGACGCUGUUGGGGGCUCAUGGGAAACCUCCUGAAAGUGCUGGCUUGCACCGAACUUGAGCAUGGCCCAAUAGUUUUCCUUGACUUUGAACAUGCCCAGCCCACGGAGGCAGAGACAGCCGUGUGGAACCAGGUCAGCGCUGUGCUGGAGGAGGCUCAUGGGAUCCUAGCCGAGCUGCAGUCCUAUAAUGGAGCGGGCCAGGAGAUACGAGAAGCCAUCCAGAACCCAGGCGACCUCGCUCUCCAGGAGAAGGCCUGGAACGCAGUGUGCCCCCUCGUGGCCAAACUGAAGCGCUUCUACGAGUUCUCCCUCCGACUGGAGAAUGCCCUACGCAGCCUGUUGGAGGCGCUGACCAGCCCACCGUACGCUCCCAUGCAACACCUGGAGAGAGAGCAGGCUCUGGCCAAACAGUUUGCUGAGAUCCUUCAUUUCACGCUCAGCUUUGACGAACUAAAGAUGACAAACCCAGCCAUUCAGAAUGACUUCAGCUACUACAGGAGGACUAUAAGCAGGAACAGGCUGAACAACCAGCAGUUGGAAGCAGAGAACGAGGUCAACAAUGAGAUGGCCAAUCGGAUGUCCCUGUUCUAUGCUGAGGCAACACCCAUGCUGAAGACUCUGAGUAACGCCACUACCAAGUUUGUUUCAGAGAAUAAGACCUUGCCCAUCGAGGACACCACAGACUGUCUGAGCACCAUGGCCUGUGUGUGCCGUGUAAUGCUGGAGACUCCGGAGUACCGCUGUCGGUUCACCAACACAGACACCAUGCUGUUCUGUAUGAGGGUGAUGGUGGGAGUCAUCAUUCUCUAUGAUCACGUUCACCCUGUCGGAGCUUUCGCCAAGACCUCCAAAAUUGAUAUGAAGGGCUGCAUCAAGGUGCUGAAAGAGCAGCCAUCCAACAGUGUGGAGGGACUCCUGAACGCACUGAGGUACACAACACGGCAUCUAAACGAUGACAGCACCUCCAAACAAAUCAGGGCCCUCCUGCAAUGAAGACUAGGAGAGAGGUGGGGAGAGAGGAAGAAAAGGAGUGCACUUGAAGGAGGAAACGAAUGCCAGUGGCUGAAACCUGUUUGUUUACAACGAACAAAGAAAUUCAUCUCCAGGUUCACAGAAACCUGAUGAUAAUAAGAAGAGGAAAAUAAUUAUAUAUAUUGUCAGCUGUCCAUCAUUCUGUCUCUCAUUUUGUAAAGUAAGAAAAGAGAAAAAAAGCCAGAAAGAAGAUAUAGAUAUAUAUUAAAACGAGUGAAACACAAGCUGCAGAGGAGAAAGAAGUAGGAUUAAAGAGGAAGCUAUAUUGCAAAAUUUAAGGUCAGAACUGAGGCAUCCUGAAGAUGUACAAAAAAGGGUUCAUGUUCCAGCAGUAGUAUGACGAGUAUUUUUGCACACACUUUAAAAACAUCAUCUCCUUCCCCCUGAAAUCUGAUCCCAAACUGACCCCAGAGACUUCCCUUUGCCCCGUCACACACUCAGUUUUAACAAACGUGCUUUCUCCUUCAGCUGCACUGAUUUCUGAUUCAUAAUGAAGCAAUGUGAUGGAUACACUCCGGAGAUUUGCUUCUGCCUCUUUUCUUUAUUUCCUGCAUCAGUGCAGCUGGAGGAAAAGAGGUACCAACAUGAGUAGUCUUUUUAGGACCUCUUCAUUCUCACCCUGAUCUCUUCCUCAUGCCCUGUCAUUCUCACUCCUAUUUCAUGACCACACAUCCACCCAUCCAUCCAUCCAUUCAUCCGUCCGUCCAUCCAUUCAUGGAAUACGUAGUUUUUCCUUGACACAUCCACAUUGUGUGCCCUGAUGCUGUAAAUAUUUCAGCACAAACAUCUUGUGAGUUGUCUGGCUUUACUUGAACAAUGCCGUUCACUCUCUCUCUUUCUCCAUGGUGCUAAUGUGGUUUAGAUAUCACAGUACUAUUUACUUUUUAGAUACCAUGAAAAAUUUGUUUAAUCAUCCCUUUUUUGCACUAACAUGUGAAAUCUCAAAGCCUGGAGAAAGCUUUCAGUAAUUGUGUUAUUUUACAUCAGUGCACAAACAGGGAGGAAUGACCUGUAGGAUUUGCAUAUUCUAGGAAACCGCAGCACACUUACUCGUUCACCCUGUGCCAAAGCUGAUUGGUUUAUUCUUUUAUUACAUCAUCAAAACAGACUUGAAAGGGCGGUGUUCUGAGGGGGAUGAAAUCUUCUAGUUUAACAUCGUGAGUCAUCACUUUGAAUAAAUAUGAGAGUUAGGAACAGCCAAGAACAUUCAACGUAACACACAAGUCAAAAGGUCAUAUUUGUGCAUCUUAAGGGAGAGAUCUGAGUGUUCCAGUGUAAAUAUGUGAAGUUUUUCUCUACAGGCAUCUUCAUGGACAGCUUGGGUCCUUAAGGAAAAACACAUCUAUAUAAAACCGAGGUUCUAAUUUUAGUUGUUUGAGAACUUAGUAAUUGAUUAAGUGGGAAAUAAAAAUGACAAUAAAAAAGAUUCAAAAGGA